AGCUCGUACUCCGCUUGGGCACGAAGAGAAAAAGGGUUGUGAGCGUGGCGGUGGUUCUUAGGCUUUCGUCUCGCGUUAGUUGUGCAGAAAGAUCUGGGAGCUUUUGGGCCAAGCUUUGCCGUGUGGAUAAUCCUUGUUGUUUGGACUUUUCUUCGCCGCGUUUUUCUUUGGACCAUUAUGACUCUGGAGGAAAUUCACGGCCAGGAACCCAUGCCUGAAACCAGCGACAGCACCGCCAGCAGCGCCGCGACCGGCAGCAGGAUGCAAAGCGCCGGCAAAGCUCUUCAGGAGCUGCUCGCCUCCUCCCAGCGCCGCGGCUGCCUCACCGUCGGCGUCUACGAAUCGGCCAAGCUGAUGAAUGUCGACCCAGAUACUGUCGCAUUUUGCGUGCUGGCCGCUGAUGAGGAGGACGAAGGGGACAUUGCCCUCCAAAUCCACUUCACCCUCAUCCAGGCUUUUUGCUGCGAAAAUGAUAUUGACAUUGUGCGUGUGAACGACAUCCCAAAGCUGGCCACCAUUGUGGGGGCCAAGGAAGAAUCUGGGGAGCCACGCGACCUGCACUGCAUUCUCAUAACGAAUCCUAAUGAGGAUGCCUGGAAGGAGCCAGCCUUGGACAAGCUGAGCUUGUUUUGCGAGGAGAGUCGAAAUGUCAAUGACUGGGUGCCCAAUAUCACCCUGCCUGAGUGAUGGUGAUGAUGAAACAAAAGAAGCUACAUGCAUAGAAGAGGUUGAAACCUUUUGUUGCAUUCUCAUCCUGGAGUCACCCAUCUGGGCAACCCAACAAAGUGGCUGAUGCUGGGGAUUAGCCUGGUCAACAGCUUGGAUUAAGUCGCUCAGACAGCACGUGGUGGGUCCUUGUGGAGAAAGGAGAGACGCAGAGGAGGAAGAGGAGUGGCUGGUGCCACCACUGAGUCCUCGCAACGCUGCAGUGUUGGAGAAGCUGGCAUAUUUGUGGAGCAGAACAUGUCCUGCACAUUUUUGUAGGCAUGAAAGGACGAGGGGGGAAAAAAACUGUUGGAAGAUUCCAAGCCAGAUGGAAUGUGUGUACGAAGAAAGCAGGGGCAAACGUUAGAAAACUGGACACCGUGGUUUGGGACGGCAUGGAGACAGAAAGGCUGGUUCGGGGUAUGCAACCCCCCCGAGAGACUGGGAGCUCAAUAGAGUUAUAUUUCUACAAAGACUUUAAUGCAGACUGAUCUCUUGAAGACCUUUGGACUAUACCCUGCAUUGAUAACCAAUUUUGCAAUAUUUCUCUUCAAUUGAAAUUGAUGCUGCUAUUGAAGAUCUUAUAUGUCUUUAUAAUAAAUUUUGAUAACUGAA